AAAAAAAAGAAAGAAAAAAAAAAGGGGGGGGGCUAAUUAAUCCAGCUGAGCUGCACUAGUGUACUAAGCUAAGCAGCCUGCCAAUACCAACUCCAUGAGGUCCCCCAAAAAAGUCAAAAUCUUUACCUUCUUCUUCUCUCCUCCCUCGCAAAUCAUCAUCAAUUUGAUACUAAUAAUAAUAUUAGGAAUAUAUUCCAUUACCUACUGAUUAGAUUAUUGUACUUUUGAUUUGUUUCUCUGUCCCAAAAAUCAAAUAUCCAAGUUGAAUUACUCAAAGUCUGCUGAUGAAUGAUUUCGUUGACUUUUCACCAUCUUCGCCACCCUAAAAACUCCAUAGCUCUGUGAUUCAUAGAACCUCUCUCAGCUCCUAACGGGGUCUCUACAGCACAUUCUACUGAAAAUAGGCACAACCCUUUUAUGCAGUUAUGAUUCUGCAUUAGUCAAAGAAAGAAAUUUGUGAUCUUUAGUCCCCAAUUCUUUUGUGGGUUUUUCUUGGGGAAGUAUUUAUAGUGAGUGGGGAACAUAAUCAGAAAUGGCUUGGAAUAGUCCUUUCAAAGAUAUGACUAAUUACAAGCCAAUUUUCCUGAUGAUCUACGGCACUGUGGUGGUGGGGAUACUGGUGUCAUCAUUCUAUGUUUUUUCUGCUGUGUAUAGCUCCUCACCGUCAACUCCUUCCCCUUCUUCAACUUCUCUAUGGUUCAAUUCAGAUUCCCCAGCAUCAAAGCAAGCUUCGAAUUCUUCUCAUAUAAGUUAUUCAAAUAUAACAAUGAAUCCCACUUCCCAGUCAAGGAAAAAAUUAGUUGGAUCUAUUUGGGAGGAACCCCCUUCUGGGUCUAAGAUGCCUCCUCUGAAGACCUUUCGACUAACGAAGAAGCUUGUUAAACAAAGAGCAAAGGACAACGUUAUCAUAGUCACAUUUGGUAACUAUGCAUUCAUGGAUUUCAUCUUAACAUGGGUUAAGCACCUGACAGAUAUUGGCCUUGAAAAUCUUCUUGUUGGUGCAAUGGACACGAAGUUGCUGGAGGCUCUUUACUGGAAAGGUGUACCCGUUUUUGACAUGGGCAGUCACAUGAGUACAGUGGAUGUUGGAUGGGGAUCAAAAGCAUUUCACGCAAUGGGAAGAGAGAAAGUUAUUCUCAUAGAUUCCAUUCUCCCUUUUGGUUUUGAACUAUUGAUGUGUGAUACGGAUAUGGUUUGGUUAAAGAAUCCCCUACCAUAUCUGGCACGCUAUCCCGAAGCAGAUGUCUUAACCUCUACUGAUCAGCUUGUACCAACAGUUGUUGAUGAUAGUUUGGACCGCUGGGAACAAGUUGGUGCUGCAUAUAACAUAGGCAUAUUUCACUGGCGGCCAACAAAUUCUUCAAAAACUCUGGCAAAAGAAUGGAAAGCAUUGCUUCUUGCUGACGAUUCAAUAUGGGAUCAGAAUGGUUUCAAUGAUCUUGUACGUAGGCAACUGGGACCAUCAGUUGACAAUGAGAGUGGACUUGCUUUUGCUUAUGAUGGGGACCUAAAGCUUGGCCUUCUCCCUGCGAGUAUCUUUUGCAGUGGUCAUACCUACUUUGUUCAGGCAAUGUACCAGCAACUUAGGCUAGAACCUUAUGCCAUACACACUACUUUCCAGUAUGCUGGAACUGAAGGAAAGCGUCACAGGCUAAGAGAAGCGAUGGUAUUUCAUGAUCCACCAGAAUACUAUGACGCCUCAGGAGGGUUUUUGACAUUUAAACCAUCUAUACCCAAAAACUUGUUGCUUGAUGGGGAUCAUAAUCUUGAUUCACACUUCACACUUGUAAAUUAUCAAAUAAAACAAAUAAGGACUGCUCUUGCUGUUGCUUCAUUACUGAAUCGCACAUUGGUGAUGCCUCCAAUAUGGUGCAGGUUGGAUAGGUUAUGGUUUGGGCAUCCAGGAAUCCUGCCAGGCACAAUGACAAGGCAACCAUUUAUCUGUCCUUUGGAUCAUGUGUUUGAGAUAAAUGCAAUGUUGAGACCACUACCAGAGGAUGAAUUUGGGCCACCAAUUGGAAUCCGGGAGUAUUCAUUGUUUGAUAAUCCAUCUAUGCCCCAGAAGGUGAAAGAAUCAUGGCUUGAUGUAAAUCUUUGUCAAGAAGGAUCACAUGGUUGUCAAGUUUCAAAUGAUACAAGUCAAACAGGAGUCAUCAAAUUUCCCAAGCUCAGUUCUGAAGAAAUGUAUACGACUGUAUUCUCAGCAUACAAAGAUAUCAAGGUUAUCCAGUUCUCAUCUAUGCAAGAUGCCUUCAAAGGAUUCGCAGACAAGGUAAAUUAUUCAGGCUAACAAUGUUUUGCAAAUGAUUAUAUGUAUAUUUUAAAAUUGCUAUGAAUUCAUCUCCUUUAGACAAACAUCAUAUUCUUUGAUCCUAUUCAUGAUUCUCAAUGUAAAUUCGUACUGUCAGACCCAAAAAUGUUGCAUGAUGGAAACAGUUUCAUUUUCGUUGUAUGAUUUUCUUGGUAGUAUUGUAACACGAUCUCUAAUUGGUGCUCAACUUUUUAAUUCUGCUGUGAUCAGUCGAAGGAAGAGAAGUUCAGGAGGCGAGUGAAGAAAUAUACAGGUAUAUGGUGUUGUGUACAAGAUAAAACUCCAGGCCAUAUAUACUAUGACAUCUACUGGGACGAGAAACAUGAUUGGAAACCUAAACCACCUCAGACCCCUGAAGAAGACCAUCCACCCUUUUGAGACGUUUUACUACUUAGACACUUUGCGGAAAUCCAUAGAACUGUAGACACAGUAUACCUUUUUAUGUCCACUGAAAGAUGAGAGAGCUGACUAGCUUGCCGACUACGCGAACCUGGGGAUGUGUAUCAUAGUAUACGAAGAACGAUUCUUUCUUAGCUAUAGAAAAGAAUUUUGAUUCUUGUUCAGAUGAGAAAGUGCAGCUACUUCUCUUUCCCUUAAGCAGCAAUAGUUUUUCCAGUUUGGGCUUUAUGGAGAACGGUUGCGCUAAAAGUAAAGAUUUAAUGUAUAGACGACUUGUUAAAUUCGUCCCCCUUUUCAAAUGUGAAUUAUUAGUUCGAAAGAAAGUAUAUUUUCAUAUCCUGACAUUCGGAAGAAUCCAACUCUCUAUGACUCUGGUUUCGUUUGUUGUUUCAUGGUA